GCCGUGCACUAUAAAACGCUAACGCUUAUGCGUUUCGCAUCUGUUGGGAAUUUAGGGAUUUGCUUUUACUGAUCUCAGUCUUCCACCUCACUGUCCUAGAUUGUGGGGUUUCUCUUUUCAGUUCUCAUCGCCAUAGUUGCUGCUCCGAAAAGGGUUUUCCUAACACCGCCCAUGCAAUCAAUUUCCGGGUUGUACAAUUCGUGAAUAGGUUGUUGCUUGUUCUGAAAAGUAGUGGAUAGUAAAAAAUAUUGAACUUUUUUUGAGAGAAAAAUGCAGAGUAAAGAAGCUGUUGUGGAAGAUGGGGAAAUAAAGAGUGUGACUGCUGUAGGGUCUGAAAUUGAUGGGUGGACCAAUUUUGGGGACGAUGACAUAAUGCAGCAGCAGUAUACAAUUCAGUCUGAAGAGGCUAAGAAAGUUCCAUUUGUGGGCGACAAGGAACCACUGAGUAGCUUAGCUGCUGAAUAUAAAUCAGGCAGUCCUAUCUUGCUGGAGAAAAUAAAGGUGCUUGAUGAGCAAUACGCUGCCAUUCGUCGUACUCGAGGAGAUGGAAACUGCUUCUUUCGAAGCUUUAUGUUUUCAUAUCUUGAGCAUGUUAUGAAAUGUCAAGACCAAGCAGAAGUUGAUCGUAUCCAAGCCAAUGUUGAAAAAAGUAGAAAAGCACUGCAGACCUUGGGUUAUGCAGACUUGACUUUUGAAGAUUUUUUUGCGUUAUUCCUUGAGCAGCUGGAAUCUGUUAUUCAAGGGAAAGAGACUUCCAUAAGUCAUGAAGAGCUUGUUCUUAGAAGCCGAGAUCAGUCAGUAUCUGAUUAUGUCGUUAUGUUCUUCAGAUUUGUUACCUCUGCCGCAAUACAAAAGCGCACAGAAUUUUUUGAACCAUUCAUACUAGGCUUAACUAAUACAACGGUCGAGCAGUUUUGCAAAUCAUCUGUUGAACCAAUGGGUGAAGAGAGCGACCAUGUGCACAUUACUGCCCUUUCAGAUGCAUUGGGCAUUCCAGUCCGUGUUGUGUACCUUGACCGCAGCUCAAGUGAUACUGGUGGUGUCAGUGUAAAUCAUCAUGAUUUCAUGCCAGUGGCUGGUGAUCUCCCAAAUGCUAGUUGCAGCUCUGAAAAGAACAUUCCUUUCAUCACACUACUAUAUCGUCCUGGUCACUAUGACAUCCUCUAUCCAAAAUGAUGACUUUUUUGGGGAAAAGACCCUUUCUUUGUUACUUUUUUGGUGGUGGUGUGGAGCCGCAACAGCUCUGCACUCAGCCCGGUUGCUAUAGGACAUGUGUGGUCUGUACCUUGUUAAUGUUGAAUGGUCAAUUUUCUUGAACGUUACCUGUUUAGAAGAGAUUGAUCAACAAAGUACGUCAACAUUAACACGCUAACAAUUUAAAACCCAGCUUGAUGUUUGCUGCUUUACAUGUUAUCCAUGAUUUCAUUGUUCUCAAUAUCUCUCCAUGGGGGUUUAGUGAUUAGUGUAAUAGCAUGGCUCCUUGUAGCUUCUGUAGAAUGAAGCACGUGCAUUAUCUCAAUGGCAAUGGCAAUGGCAGUUUCUGUUUUGCA